AUGAGCGACAUACCUAGGAACACCUCCGACACGGACGAGGCCCAGACACCGGUAUCGCUGUCGGGAAUGAUCUCAACAUUGGUCCCGGUCCUCGUCACAUCCGCCAUUUACAUAGUCAUCUUCUUGAUCUUGCGCAAGAGCAACCGAAGAUACUAUGCUCCCAGAACCUACCUAGGCAGUCUGCGAGAGAACGAACGAUCACCAAGCUUAUCAAGCGGCCUAUUCAGCUGGUUCAAGGAUUUCUGGAAGAUACCCGAUGUUUACGCCCUUCAGCACCAGUCGCUCGACUCGUACCUCUUCAUCCGCUACUUGCGCAUGGCCGUCACCAUCUGCUUUGUCGGUUGCUGCAUCACUUGGCCCGUCCUUUUCCCAGUCAAUGCCACCGGUGGUGGUGAUCAGAAGGAGCUGGAUAUUCUGACUUACGGCAACAUCGACCGCGACACACAAUACAACCGCUAUUAUGCCCACGUCUUCAUCAGCUGGAUCUUUCUCGGUUUCGUCAUGUACCUCAUCAUGCGAGAGUGCAUGUUCUACAUUAACCUUCGCCAAGCGUUUCUCAUCAGCCCUCUCUACUCCCAGCGCAUCUCAUCCCGCACGGUUCUCUUUACUUCGAACGUGUGGAUCACAAGCGAAACCAAGGAGGUCGACGAACUGGUCAAGGAGCGCGACAAGGUUGCAUUGCGCCUCGAAAAGGCCGAGGUUAAGCUGAUCAAGCUUGCCAACAAGAUUCGCCGAAAGGCCAUGGUCAAAGGUGCUGUUGACGACAUCGACAAGCAGGCCCCUCUGGAUGCCGAGUCUGGUAGCAUUGCGGCCCGCUGGGUCCCUAGGAAGAAGCGUCCAACUCAUCGUCUUGGACCCCUGGGCCUGAUCGGCAAGAAGGUUGACACGAUCGACUGGUGCCGCGAGGAGCUGAUGCGUCUCAUUCCCGAGGCCGAGGCAGCCCAGGACAAGUAUCGUGAUGGAGCCUUCAAGAAGGUCCCUGGCGUUUUUAUUGAGUUCAGGACCCAAGCUGAUGCUGAAGGAGCCGCCCAGAUCCUGGCCCACCACCAGGGACUUCAUAUGACUCCCAAGUACAUCGGUAUCCGCCCCUCUGAGAUUGUCUGGAAAUCACUUGCCAUUUCCUGGUGGCAGCGUGUCAUUCGUCGCUACGCUGUCUAUGCCUUCAUUACCGCCAUGAUCGUCUUUUGGGCUAUUCCGGUUGGUGUUGUCGGUAUUAUCAGCAACGUCAACUUCCUCAAGACAAUCUCAUUCCUGACAUGGCUCGACAAGAUCCCCGACGUCAUCAUGGGCGUUGUCACCGGCUUGCUACCCUCCGUCGCUCUUUCCAUCCUCAUGUCUUUGGUUCCGGUCGUCAUCCGUGACCAGGUGUUUUUGGUCGCUACUGUCGCCUCAUCUGCCACUGCCGUCGCGAAGAAAAUCUAUGAUAACCCUGGUUCCGUGCCGAGUCUCCUUUCCGAGAACUUGCCAAAAUCCUCCAACUUCUACAUCUCCUAUUUCAUUGUACAGGGCCUGAGCAUUGCGACUUCGGUCUUGACGCAGGUAGUCGGGUUCUUCGUCUUCAAUCUUCUGUACAAGUUCUUGGCCAGUACUCCUCGCGCUCUAUACACCAAGUGGGCGAACCUAAGUGCCAUUUCCUGGGGCAGCACCUUGCCAGUCUAUACCAACAUUGUGGUCAUCGCCAUCGCAUACUCGACUAUUGCUCCUCUUAUGCUGGGCUGGGCUGCACUCGCUAUGGGCUUGUUCUAUCUCGCUUGGCGCUACAAUGUCCUAUUUGUCACGGACACUCAGAUCGACACUCGUGGUCUCAUUUACCCUCGUGCCAUGAAGCAGCUCUUCACUGGCGUCUACUUGGCUGAAAUCUGCAUGAUCGGCCUCUUCGGUGCCUCUGUUGCCCCCGGCCCGCUUGUUCUCAUGAUCAUCUUCCUCGUCUUUACUGUCCUCUUCCACAUCAGCAUGAACUCCGCCCUAAAUCCCUUAAUGUUCAAUCUUCCUCUCAAUCUUCUUGCGGAGGAGGAGGGUCCUCUGCUCGACACUCCUGUCAAUUCGCAUGCCACAGAGAACGGACACGGCGCUCCUACCAAUGGCAACAGCCCGACGACUGGCCCUAACUACACCGAGAAGAUUCCGUCAAAUGGUACCAACGGUGCUCAGAGCCGCGCCUCAGAUCCAAUCCUUGGUGCAAAGGAAGCUCUUGAUGCCGAGAGGCAUGAGCCCAAUUACAUGACGGGCAAAAAACCCAACUUCUUGACCAAAUUUCUCAAGCCCUGGAUCUACUCCGACUACAGAACCCUGCGAGCUUUCUUGCCCAGGGGUGUUCACUUUGAUCCCUACGCCGCAGAGGUCGAAAGAGAUGCGUACUGCCCCCCCAGUGUCACCUCUGAUGUACCACUUCUCUGGAUCCCCAGCGAUGCCAACGGUGCUGGCGUGUCUCGCCAGGAGGUGGAGCACACGAGCAGGGCCAUCCCCAUCACAGACGAGGGCUGCGAGUUGGACGAGAAGGGACAUUUGGUCUGGGACCAGGAGGGGACUAGGCCUCCUAUCUGGGAGGAGAAGAUCUACUACUAA